CAAUAAAGGUUGUGUGUGUGGCAUCCAGCUCGUGGUGGGAGUGGGGCAAGCGGGGAGCAGCACUGGCCCAGUGGUGCCCGGGGCCCCCCACCCUCCUCAGCCCUUGGCCUCGGUCCCUCCCCGCUGUGCGGGCCUGGCACAGGAGGGGGCCCUGACAGCCUCUCGGGCAACACUGCCGUGCCAGCAAGUCUGGGGCUGCCCUGGGCUUAGUGGGGGACGGGGCGGGGGGAGCAGGGCCCGGGGCUCCCCAGCAGCAGGCUGUGGGCGGGCCUGGGGCUGGUUGGGACCUGAGGAUGGACGGUGGAGGGGUGGAGCCAGAUGCCCCAAACCCAACCCACCCCCAACACGCUGUUGCACUUCUUGAGCCUGGCAACCCUGAGUCUCACCCAGGACAAGAGCCCAGCUGUCUGUCCCCGGGCGGCUCCGGCCUCUGCCUUCCCCGCUCUGCCUCGGUGCCCGAUGCAGGAGCAGGCCCCCGGCCCCGCCUGCCAUGCACAGCAACUGCAGCGUCCGCUUCGUCAAGGGCGCAGGGACCGGAGCCACCGCCGAGCGCUACUUCUUGGAUCCCGAGCUAGGGUGCCAGAGAGACAUCCUGACGGAAGAUGACGUCUACUGCAGCUGCUUGGCCAAGACGCUGUGCCACGUGCCUGUGCCCGUGACCGUGGGCUUCUACGCGCCCUUCGGCUGCCGCCUGCACAUGAUGCUGGACAAGAUCACCAUGCUGAUGCAGCAGGAGGCGGCACAGCGCGAGGCCGAGGAGCUGCAGCGCGUGCGGUGGCGGCCGCGGGCCGUGGGCGGCUGGGGCUUCCCGCGGCUGCUGUGGUACCUGGUGUUCCUGCAGCCCGUGAUCACCGAGCUGCACCUGCGGCGAAAGAACGUGCAGUUCCUCUUCAUCCGCUUCAGCGCCUGGCAGUACGCGGGCACCGACAAGCUCUGGGCCGGCCUGGUGACCACGCUGUGCGAGGGCAUCCGCCGCCACUACGGCGCGCUGCCCUUCAGCGUGUACUCAGUGCUGGGCAACAAGCCGGCCACGACGCCGGGCCUCUGCCAGCGCGAGUGGCACUGCCGGCGCCGCGUGUGCCUGGCGCUGCUGGCGCUGCUGGCCGCGCUCAGCCUGGGCGUGGGGCUGCUCUACCUGUCGCUGGGCGGCCACGGCGCCGCGGGUGGCAGCGUGCUCAAGGUGUUCGGCGGCGCGGCCACCACGCUGUCGGGCUCCGGGCUGCUCAUGGCCGUGUACUCGGUGGGCAAGCACCUGUUCGUGAGCCAGCGCAAGAAGAUCGAGCGGCUGGUGUCUCGCGAGAAGUUCGGCAGCCAGCUGGGCUUCAUGUGCGAGGUGAAGAAGGAGGUGGAGCUGCUCACCGACUUCCUGUGCUUCCUGGAGAUCUACCAGCGGCGCCGGCUGCGCGUGGUGCUCGAGGUCACCGGGCUGGACACCUGCUACCCGGAGCGCGUGGUGGGCGUGCUCAACGCCAUCAACACGCUGCUGUCCGACAGCCACGCGCCCUUCAUCUUCAUCCUGGUCGUGGACCCCAGCAUCCUGGCCGCGUGCCUCGAGAGCGCGGGCAACAUGAAGGGCACGGCCGACAACGGCUACCUCUUCCUCAACCGCACCGUCACGCUGCCCUUCUCGGUGCCCGUCAUGGGCCGCCGCACCAAGCUGCAGUUCCUGCACGACGCGGUGCAGAGCCGCGACGACCUGCUCUACCGCGAGAUCACGCGCAAGCUGCGGCGCCCGGGCGGCGGCGGGGCCGGCGGGGGCGAGGGCGCGCAGCUGCUGGCCGUGGAGACGCAGGCCGGGGCGGAGCGCACGCAGGGCCGCAUCGACGCCGAGGCGGCGCGCCGCAUCCAGGAGGCGCUCUUCUGCCUGCACGACGAGCGGGACUGCCUGUACGAGUACGUGCCGGACAACGUGGUGUCCAUGCGGCGCAUCGUCAACACCGUGCCCAUCACCGUGCGCCUGCUGCAGCAGCAGCAGCAGGCCGCGCCCGGCGGCCCCACGCCGCGCCAGGCCGUCGCCUGGGUCGUGCUCGCCAACCAGUGGCCCUGCCGCCUCAGCUGGGUGCUGCAGUGCCUGGAGGACCGGCAGCAGGCCGGCGGCGCGCCCGAGGGCCGCGCGCGCCUCUGGGACGUGUUCCGCGACAACAGCCGCGAGCUGCACACCAUGACCAAGGCGCUGCAGAACGUGUUGGACCUGGACGGCGACCCCGAGCUCUUCGAGCGCUUCCUGGGCGCCGACUUCCCCUUCACCGUGGCCGAGGCGCAGUGCCUGCUGCGCUGCACGGUCAACCUGGACCACUCCAUCCGCCGCCGCAUGGGCCAAAUCCGGGCCGUCAGCGCGCUCAAGCCGGCCAGCCCGCCCAAGUCCCCGGCGCGCGAGCCUCCCCACCGGACCCACGGCGCGGCGGCGGCCGCGGGAAGCCCCAGCGAAGCCCACCGCGCCCGGGACGGGGCGCCCGGGGGCAAGCCGAGGCCGGCGGUGGCCUGA